GCCGCCGAUGCCAAUACACCGUCACCCCAGCUGAACCUCUACACCUACUUCGAUUAUUUUUACUUUAACGAUUACGACUACACCAGCAAUACACUUUUCGUCAUGGACAUGAAUUUUGGUACAUUGUUGGACUUGGACCGCGAUCAACACGACGACUUGGAGCCCGCCGCCGCCGCCGCCCCAUCGUCGAUCACGGUGAUCGUUUCGUCGAGCAACAACAGCGACAGCGGCAGCAGCAGCCGCAGUACGCCGUCAAGCUUUCCGCCGGUCACUGACUACGGCCAUCAGCACCGUCGCCAGCAGCAGCAGCAGCAGCAGCACCACCACCAUCACCACCACGUCCAGCUCGGCGCCGUCGACGUCCACCGCCACCAACGCGACCGCGACGACCGCCUCGACGGCGUGGACAACAUGCACGCGACCCAAUUGCCAUCGUCGGCCGUAAACGGAUACGACACCAUGAUGAUCGCGGGAUACAAUUACUGCGGCAACGCGGCCGCGUACGAUCCGUACAACGGCUACACGCAAACGUUCGCACCGCUGCCGCCGUACGACGACAUUCGUAACUCCGCUCCGCUGUUGCCACUCUUGCACCCACAGCAACAUAUGCAACAGCAACACGGACCCGUGUUGCUCGGUAGCGACGAGAUGCAGACCGCCGCGGUCAGCGUGCAACGUAAGCGGGAAAAACAAAAGCGCCAGCGGACAGCUUACUCGAGCGAACAACUGAUGCAUUUGGAGGAGUCGUUCACGGCCAAUCAAUACUUGAACAGAGCCAGGCGUAUCGAUCUGGCUCGGACGCUUCGGCUUACGGAGAGGCAGAUCAAGAUUUGGUUUCAAAACAGGCGCAUGAAAGAGAAGAAGUCUAAAAGGGAUUCCGGCCAAGUGGAAUCGACCAGCGGCGGAGUGACGGCCAUGACGCCGGUGUCCUUGGCUGCGAUCAGCGGUCCGCCGCCGCCGCCGCCAGCGGUGCCGGUAACCGUGGCCGGUUGCGGUUACGGCGCCGGUCAUUACGCAUUGGACAACGGCUGCUCGCCGCCGACGGUCAACAUGCCGAUGAAGUACAGCCCGUCGAGCACGUACUCGACGCCGUCGCCGCCGGGCGUCGUCGCCCAGCACCAUCACCAGCGCCAUCAGCUCGCCGAACAUCAGCGCCCUGGACCGUCGGGCACACUGCACCACUUUUCGUCGUACUCGGCCAACAUGUACAACGGAGUUGGAGGAAGCUCUUGCACGAUGCAGCCGCAUCCGCCCACGUACGAGGAAACCGUCAACGGGCAACAUCAGUCCGUUCCGCUUCCGCCGCAAGUGCACCUGCACUGGUAUCCGACUUCGGUCAUAGCGUCUCACGACUCGGCCGCCGACGGGUUGCAGUGACUCGUCGCGCUUUUGACGGCAACGACCGCGGACAGUGCGAGUGGCGUCCGGGGAGAGGGGAGGAGGGGGCGCCUCGCGCUUCCGAUGCGAUUUCCACCGGGGAUCGAAUCGGAAGCUCGUCGGACCUCACCAACUCGUUUUUUUAUUUUAUUUUGCUCUACACAUUUUAUUAUUUUGAUUUGAAUAUUUUUUUCUAUUUUUUUUUUUUUUCAUUUAUUAAUAUCUUGAUUCCCGAUGUUUUGGCCGUCUGGACGACGACACGCUCGUGGGUAUUUUAAACAUCAUGCUUGGAACUGAUUAUUUUAAUUUUUCAUCAUUACUAUUAAGUACCUACUAUAUUUGUUUUCCCAGUUACAAUUAUACUUUA